AUGGCACCGAGACCAGAGGGCAUUAAGAUUGCUAUUGACCGAGGUGGUACCUUUACCGAUGUUUGGGCUAGCCUCCCCGGCCAACAAGACGUUGUCAUAAAGCUUCUCUCAGUUGAUCCAUCCAACUAUGAGGAUGCACCCACAGAAGGAAUCCGACGUAUUCUAUCCCAAUUCUAUGGCGAAGAGCUCACCCGCGGGAGCCCUCUCCCAAAACGGGACAUCGAGUUCAUCCGAAUGGGCACCACAGUAGCCACAAAUGCCUUGCUAGAGAGAAAGGGGACAAAGCACGCCUUUCUAGUUACAAAGGGAUUUCGGGAUCUCUUGAAUAUCGGAUACCAAUCCAGACCCAGGCUAUUUGAUCUCAACAUCGUCAAGCCCGAGGUAUUGUAUUCCGACGUGCGUGAGAUUGACGCGAGAGUUACCAUUGAGGGAUUUGACGAGGACGUUGAUGGCUUGUUCAAGUCUGAACAUGAAAUACCAGGGGUAUUGAUACGUGGUAUUAGUGGCGACAUGGUCCGAAUCCUCGAACCCCUUGAUGAGAUGGAGGUGCGCGCGACACUGAAGGGUCUUCGCAUCGAUGGCAUCGAUACUCUUGCCAUUUGCCUGGCUCAUUCGCAUAUAUACCCCGAACAUGAGAAACGGGUUGGAGAGCUGGCUAUCGAGGAAGGCUUCACCCAUGUCUCACUAUCCUCUGCUGUGGCUGCGAACAUGAUCAAAAUGGUUCCUCGUGGUAGCUCUGCCUCAGCCGAUGCAUACUUGACUCCGGAGAUAAAAAAGUAUCUGGCCGGAUUUUCCCAGGGCUUUGAAGGUGGUAAUCUGGAUGGUGUUCGCUGUGACUUCAUGCAGUCUGAUGGCGGGCUUGUAAGUCACAAUAGCUUCAGUGGACUCCGAGGCAUAUUGAGCGGACCUGCAGGUAAUUUCUUUGAAUAUCUAACUCAAGCGUUGAAGGUUGCUGACAGAGCAGGUGGGGUGGUUGGUUAUGCCAACACCUCGUACGAUGAGCGGAAUAAAAUCCCGAUAGUAGGGUUCGACAUGGGUGGUACGUCGACAGACGUUUCGAGAUAUGGAGGGCAAUUGGAGACGGUCUUCGAAAGUACUACUGCCGGCGUGACGAUUCAGAGUCCUCAGUUGGAUAUCAACACAGUUGCCGCCGGUGGUGGAUCAACACUGCAGUGGAAAAACGGCCUUUUUGCAGUUGGUCCAGAGAGCGCAUCCUCUCACCCUGGCCCUGCGUGCUAUAGGAAAGGGGGACCUCUCACUGUCACAGAUGCCAAUCUCUUUCUCGGUCGACUUCUGCCAGAUUUCUUUCCUAGAAUAUUUGGCGAGAACGAGAAUGAGCCGCUCGAUUCUGGGAUCGUACGAGAGAAAUUCGCGUCUCUCACGGCCAGAAUCAACGCCGAAACAGGCCGGUCCUUAAGCCCGGAAGAGGUGGCCUGUGGCUUCCUGGAUGUCGCAAACGAAGCGAUGUGUAGACCAAUCCGAGCGCUUACAGAGGGAAAGGGAUAUGAUAUUGGUAAGACCUUUAAUAAUAGUUGGCUUUAA